GCACACUACUGCGUCCAGGCAGGCUCGGCUUUAAUAAUCCUGUCUGUACUGGAAAGCAGUCAGUUUCUUCUCAGGCUCAUGAAGCCCAAUGUUACCUGGUGUCCUGCAGCUGUAGUGUAGCUGUCGGAGAUGGUGUGAGGACUUGAGGACCACUUUCAAAAAUGGGUAAUUUGCUCCGGCUUUUGGGCUUUCUGUGCAUCAUGCCAGUUAGUGGCAAUUUUGACGGCAUCUGUCCAAGAAAAGAGCCUCCCCCUGGGGUGCUGGUGGUACCUCAAGGAAGCAGCCUGGAGCUGACCUGCGAUGGACAUGUGAGGGUGAAUGGAGAUAAAGUCAACCUAUCAAGAAAAGUCUUAAGCACAAACAAGAGAAGAUCUCCAUCAGAAAGAACCCCGAUCACGCUGCAAGUUAGAAGAAACACGAUUUCUCCGAAUAGAAGCAAGAAAACUUCUGCAGAAAGUGUGCAGUAUCACUCUACAACCACAGCAGCUGGAGUCAACACUCUGCAAGGAGAAAACCAAAGCAAUGAAUAUUCAAACAAGGAACGCUUCACUUCUCCACAAGUGGUCCAACCAACCCCUCUGAGCAUGACUACAAUAUUGAGGGGAGAGUCCAAGUGGGAAGAAAACGAGAAGAAACCUGAGGCUGAAUAUAGAGAUAAGGACUUGGGGGAAAGCAGCAGGGUUUCAAGAGGGGCUAAAAUAAGGCCUCAGUGGAGGUGGAAUAAACAGCUGGUGCAGAGAGCAGACAGAGACUGGGGAGAAAUGGAAUUUCUGAAUGGCGGUAGCAGUCUGUCUCUGAGUUCAGUCAGACAGACGGACGCUGGAAAAUACACAUGUCAUCAGAGGGGAGAAGAAACGCUCGCUGUUACAGUGAUUGUUGCAGAUCCCCCUGAGACUCCCACUAUGCUUUGCUACAUGAAAUCACCUUGGAGUAAAAUUCGCUGUGAAUCGAAGCCUCUGAACUCAAUGAUCAAGUAUACACCUGACUGCUCUCUCUUCCUGAGCACAAGAGAUCUUCCUCAGACAAAGAUAGAGGACUUCCAGCAAAUCCCAUGCUCCUACUCGUCUCGGCGUUCUCGUUGUUGGUGUGCUCUGGAGAACAAUGAUGAGGGGAGGACUACCCAUACGGCCUUCCUGUGUGUCACAAAUAUCUUAGGCAAUGCCACCAGUCCUCCAAUUUAUUUCACACCUCUGGAUAUUUUGAAGCCAAACCCUCCAUCCAAGGUGACAGCCUACCUGGUGGAGAAGGUAGAGAGGAUGAUACAGGUAACCUGGAACUUACCAGAGUCCUGGAAUCAGCCAAAGUACCCAGAUGAAUAUUAUGACAUAAUUUAUGAGAUCAGAUACAGACCACUUAUCUCCUCACAUGAACAGAAAAAUGAUGUCAAAGAGCGGCAUUACACCAUCACUGAUGCUCUACCUGGUACUGACUACCUGAUUCAGCUCAGGAGUAAAGAGGAAUAUGACGGUCACUGGAGUGAGUGGACUACACCUAUCAUUGCCAGGAGCUGGACAGCUAAUGUAGAAGAGGAGGGUCAACCAAUGACCACAAUGGAUGUCUUGCCCUCCAUCGAAGACUUGGGGUCUGGUUUUCCUGAGGAAAUGUAUCUUGAUGGUACAACUCAUGAAAUAUGUAUCAACUUAUGCCAAACUCAGUAUCAUGUCCUAUGGAUCUCUGCCACUCUUGCCAUCACCUCUGUCAUUUUGACUGUCUACAUUUUAAGACACAAAGAUAGGUUUAUGUCCAAACUCCACAGACUUACCAUCACCCACAGUGAUCACGUGUCUCCACCUCCCCCUUCCAUCCCUUCGACCCCAGAGAGAGAGAAUCUUAUGUCUGGUUCUGACUCUCAGCUUUAUAAGCAGCUACCAUCGAGUGAGACACAAGACAAGGAGGAAAAUGAGGAAGAACAAACUGAGAUGGACCGAGUAGAAGCUAUGAACUUCAACAACAAAAGUUAUUUCUUCCUGGAGAUAGAGCGAUGAACAGCCAAGAGGCUCGGUCAUGUUACAGGUUCAGAAACCAGCUGACACAAUGACUCUUAGCUGGAGAAAGUACACUCAGGAGAAGCUUGUACAGACUGCAUUUUAUUGUAUAUGUCAUGCUUGUGAUUAAAUGGGACUUUUUUUCUUUUUCCUUGUCUGCUUUAAUGUUGUGAAAUCAACUGUGUAUGCUGGUUUAUCACACAUUUUUAUUAAAUCUAUUUCUGCCUUUUAAAUCUCUAAAUCAAAAGAGGGUUUUGCCACUUUUAAGAAGAAAAAAAAAUCAUUACUAUAAGUAAGCAAAGCCCUCAUCAUGAGUUGCAUUCUAAUUUCACUGACUUGUCUAUUUAACAUUUUGUCUCAUAACCAUGAGGUAUUUUCGAAUAUUAAGUCAGCCUGUAGUGUAUUAAGUCAACAUAUUAAUAUGUAUAAUACGUAUGCUCAUUAUACUUUUCUACCUAAAAGAUAUGGCAUCCCUAUUUAAUUAAUACAUUUACUGAUUAUGUAUCUCAUUGAUGAGUUAGUUAUUGAUUGGUUGACAUAUCUUUAUUUGGAUGUUGCUACCUCUUUAUGUCUUAGCUUUCUCAUUAUUAUGUUUGGUUUAUAUUAUAAGUACUGGUGGGACAAGUUAAACAUAUGAUCUAGAGGCUUUGUAAUCACUUAAUUUCCUUUUUAUUAAACUGUUUGACACAAUAAGCAAAGUUCAUCAGUCUAAAUAAACUGGAUCUAUAAAAAUGUA